UCCCCCCAGCCGUGCCGACCUCCCACCACACUCUGAGCUCCAGCAGGGAUUCCGUGUUCUUGUCCCUCCUGCAGCUCCUGGCACGUAAUAGGGGAGCCACAAACCUUUGUGACGAGCGAAGUGCCUUAUGAAGGUGACAAGUGGACGGGAGGGCCAGAGCUUGGGUCUCGGCAGGCCGGGGACGGGGCUUGCGGGGCACCCUGGCGUCCCCGGAGCACCCGAAGUGGCCGUGCGGAGCGAGCCCCGGGAGGGAGGAGCGGUCCCCGAGCUGAGCGAGGCGCGGGGCCAAGGGCGUCCAGAGCGGAGGGGGCGGCAGCUGCCUGUGCCGGAGGAAUCACGAUUUAGGCGGCCGUUAUGGAGCACCCCACAAACACGGGUGCGAGCCUCCUGCUCCCCAGCGUGAGUCAGCGGGGCCCCCAGAAGGGCGGAGAGGGGCCGGUGGGCGAGGAGGGAGCCUCGCCCCCAAGGCCCGCGCAAGAGGCGGAAAGGACCUGGUGGCACCUCGGGCCAGCCCCAGCGGCGGCCCUCUCCUCAGCCCGACAGGUGAGCGCCAGGCCCGCCGCGGGGCGGAGCUCACCGUCCCCACCGGCCACCCUCCUCGGCGCCACCACCACGGAGCAGAUUCAAUUUGGGUGCUGGUGCCCAGCCACUCCAGUGCCAAUGAAGUACAUCCUGGUCACUGGUGGGGUCAUCUCAGGCAUUGGUAAAGGCAUCAUCACCAGCAGCAUUGGGACGAUUCUAAAAUCAUGUGGACUCCGAGUUACUGCCAUCAAAAUCGACCCCUAUAUUAACAUCGAUGCAGGCACUUUUUCACCUUAUGAACAUGGUGAAGUGUUCGUCUUAAACGAUGGUGGAGAAGUUGAUUUAGACCUUGGAAAUUAUGAAAGAUUCUUGGAUAUUAAUCUUUAUAAAGACAACAACAUCACCACCGGGAAGAUAUAUCAGCAUGUGAUCAAUAAAGAGAGGCGUGGUGAUUACCUGGGGAAAACAGUACAAGUUGUCCCUCACAUUACUGAUGCUGUGCAGGAGUGGGUUAUGAAUCAAGCCAGAGUGCCCGUGGACGGUAAUAAGGAAGAGCCCCAAAUAUGCGUCAUUGAGCUGGGAGGCACCAUUGGAGACAUCGAAGGAAUGCCGUUUGUGGAAGCGUUCAGACAAUUCCAGUUUAAGGCGAAAAGAGAGAAUUUCUGUAAUAUCCAUGUUAGCCUUGUCCCACAGCCCAGUGCUACCGGAGAACAAAAAACCAAACCCACACAAAACAGUGUUCGUGCCCUGAGGGGGUUAGGCCUGUCCCCGGAUCUGAUCAUCUGCCGAAGUUCAAAGCCCAUCGAGAUGGCCGUGAAGGAGAAGAUUUCUAUGUUUUGUCACGUGGACCCUGAGCAGGUUAUAUGUAUCCAUGAUGUUUCUUCCACAUACCGAGUGCCAGUGCUUUUGGAGGAACAAGGCAUUAUUAAAUAUUUUAAAGAGAGACUGGACCUGCCCAUUGGAGAUUCUACAAGCAAUUUGCUCUCCAAGUGGAGAAAUAUGGCUAACAGGUAUGAAAGGUUACAGAAAACAUGCUCCAUAGCCCUGGUUGGCAAAUACACCAAGCUUAGGGACUGCUACGUCUCUGUGUUCAAAGCCCUGGAACACUCAGCAUUGGCCAUCAACCACAAGUUGAAUCUGAUGUACAUAGACUCCAUUGAUCUGGAGCACAUCACUGAAACCGAGGACCCUGUGAAAUUCCAUGAAGCUUGGCAGAAGCUAUGCAAAGCUGAUGGCAUUCUUGUGCCCGGAGGCUUCGGAAUCAGAGGAACGUUGGGAAAACUGCAGGCGAUUUCUUGGGCAAGAACAAAGAAUAUCCCUUUUCUGGGAAUUUGCCUUGGGAUGCAUCUAGCGGUGAUAGAGUUUGCAAGAAACUGCCUUAACUUGAAAGAUGCUAAUUCCACAGAAUUUGAUCCGAACGCCUCUGCUCCUGUGGUGAUUGAUACGGCCGAACACAGCCCUGGCGGUUUGGGAGGAACAAUGAGGCUGGGAAUGAGAAGAACUGUUUUCAAAACUGAAAAUUCGAUACUAAGGAAGCUUUAUGGUGAUGUUCCUUUUAUAGAAGAAAGACACAGACAUCGGUAUGAGGUGAAUUCUAACUUCAUCAGCCAAUUUGAGCAGAAGAACUUAAAGUUUGUAGGUCACGAUGUGGCUGGGGAGAGGAUGGAAAUCAUCGAACUGGCAAAUCAUCCCUAUUUUGUUGGUGUCCAAUUCCAUCCCGAGUUUUCUUCUAGGCCGAUGAAGCCUUCCCCUCCAUACCUGGGGCUGUUACUUGCGGCAACUGGAAACCUGAAUGCUUACCUGCUACAGGGAUGCAAACUGUCUGCCAGAGAUAAGGAUGGUCAUUUCCUCUGGGAGAGCACCUCUCACAUCUCACAUGAGAGUCCUGUGACCUGCUUCAGGGAAGAAGGGCAGGGGAAUGUUGGAGAGAUCUUCCUGCACGUGCUGUCUCUGAAAUUCCUUCAGUUUAAAAUAUUCAGUAUACCAAGUGAUAGAUACAGCGAUUCCAGUGAUGACAGCUUUUCAGAGCCAAGAAUAGCUGAGUUGGAAAUGAGCUGAAACAAAUGCAUGGCUCUGAGUAAUGGGACUGCCUGACAGUCUCUGAAGUAAUUGAAGUCAAGAUGAAGGAACUAGCUGAAGAAAUCACCACACUUACAGAAUUGCCCUGUUCUCCACCAAACACGGGAUGUGAAGCCUCAAAGGGAAUCUGAUAAUACAUUCACGAACCAGAACCAAAGGGGUAGUUUUCUUUUCCCUCCAGAGGUGGCCUUUUAUACUUAGAAAUUUCUGUAGCUGAUUAAACUUUUCCCAGCAACCUGCCCGGGGAGGUGGUGUGUUCUUGUUUUGUCCAAUGUAUAGUAAUGCCAAGAUGAAGGAUCUGGUAACUGGGCCUUUGCCGUGUUGUAUGGGAAGGGUGGCAGGGCAUGUGCUGUAACUAAUUUUGAGUCAAAUGAGUCAUUCUGUUGCCUGGAACUCAACCACAGAUUUGUGUGUGGCCCAAGAUCGAUUUCAAUUUCUCACUUUAUUUCUUGUUAAAAGUAAAAUUUAACAGGUUCAAGACUUGUGGUGGGAAGUAAGAACCUUGCCUGAAGCACAAAAUUUAAGGGGCUCCCCAAACCUCAGGAAUCAAGAUCAGUCAUAUAAUUGAGGUGAAAUUCACAGAACAUAGAAUUAACCCAGUCACCACGUCUGUCUAGAUCCAAAGCGUUUUCAUCACUCCAAAAUAAAUCCCCAUGCCCAUGAGCAGUCACUCUGCAUUCCCUCCUCCUCCCAGCCCCCGGCAACCACCAAUUUCUUUUCUAUUUCUAUGUAUUUUCCUAUUCAUGUAAGUGAAAUCGUACAAUUUGUGGCCUUUUGUGUCUGGCUUCUUUCAUUCAGCAUAUUUUCAAGUC